ACCUUAUUUCGUUAGAAUACGGAUAUGAGGUUUAUUUUGAAGAGGGCAGCUCCCCGGAUGCAUUCGUCAGUGUCUGGAGUUUCCAACCGAAGUUCAGUGAGAGGGAAAGCGCGACUCUUGUGGGGCGGUGUCUGAACCGUGAGUGCGGAGUGAGCGAGCGAGAGCGGGCGUAGAGAAGCAGAGCAGGAUGCAGACGAUAAAGUGUGUGGUGGUGGGCGACGGCGCGGUGGGAAAGACGUGCCUGCUGAUCUCCUACACUACCAACGCCUUCCCGGAGGAGUACAUCCCCACCGUGUUCGACAACUACAGUGCCCAGAUGAGCGUGGACGGCCGUACGGUCAGCCUCAACCUGUGGGACACGGCCGGCCAGGAGGAGUACGACCGGCUCCGCACGCUUUCCUACCCGCAGACCAACGUCUUCGUCAUCUGCUUCUCCAUCGGCAGCCCGUCGUCGCACGCCAACGUGCGGCACAAAUGGCACCCCGAGGUGUCCCACCACUGCCCCAGCGUGCCCGUGCUGCUCGUGGGCACCAAGAAGGAUCUGCGCCACGACGCCGACACCCUGGCCAGGCUGAAGGAGCAAGGCAUGGCGCCCACCACGCACCAGCAAGGGAGCGCCCUGGCCAAGCAGAUUGGCGCCGUCAAGUACUUGGAGUGCUCGGCGCUCAAGCAGGAAGGCGUGCGGGAGGUGUUCGCCGAGGGCGUGAGAGCAGUCAUCUACCCCAAUGUCAAGAAGAACAGCAAGAAGUGCGUGCUGCUAUAGUUAUGUCGUGAGGAAAAGGAGGUGUUGGGAAGGGGGCUGGACUGUGGUGAGAAGGGGGGUAUGUGGGGAAGACCUGGGGACAGUUGGGCUUCUUUGGAUGAGAAAUGGUUGCUAUGUCCCUUGUCUUUUGGAUGACUGAUGUGGAACGGCUUUACCAGCCCUGUGGUCCUCAAUCCUGAUUCCUGAAGACGUCAUUCAGAAAGCCCUGACUCAACCACCCCCACCCCCCCAUGCCCAGUUCUCCCCCGGAUCCUUCCACGUUUCUCAGUUUUCCCCUAUCUUGCUGCACAGGACUACGUCUAUCAUUUUUUUUUACCUUCUUUCUCUCUCCCUCUCUCUCUUCUUUGUUGUGCUCAGCAGUCAAUGUGCACUUCCCUGCUUGCACUCUCAGCUGCCUCAUCAUUAGCUACCACUUGUAACUUUCCCAAAAGCCCAGCUGGUCCUUGAGCGUCAGUGGCUCAUUUAGCUCGUCUGGGCGGGUGUAAGCCCCCUUCUCUGCACUUGUGCCUUGAGUCAUCAGCUCCAGACACGCCUUAGCUGGACAUAAGAGGGCUGCAGGGACAGAGACUGGCCUGGUGAGUCGUGGAGUCAAGUGCUGCCCGACCAGCGAGGGACUGUCAAGACUGUGUUGGGUCCAGCCUUUAGUCUUAACUGAGGACUUGUGCCUUAGGACGGUCACUGAUCCAGUCUUGGCUCAGAUCAGUACAGCCAGGAUUUAGUGCCAGUGUAGACUUUUUGACUUCAAGAAUGUGCCUGCUCCACUUUGUUCUUCUCUCUAUUUUGCCUUGUGACCUUUUGCUUUCUGUAUCAAGCCUGAUCCAGUCUGUUCUUCCACCUGAAGAACUGCCUUCAGGACUGCCUUUGUGCCUCUUGAAAGCGGCAGCAUCAGUGUGCGAAUCAUAAGGAAAAAUGUAAUUGCUUAUUUCAAUGUUGUUGUAAUCCCUGUGCCAUUACCCAGGAAUGAGCCAUAUACCAAAAAAAGACUGUAGUCUUGCUCACCAGCUUGGCCCACCCUGAUGGCAGUAACCCAUCCGGUUAUCCCCAUUAUGCUGCUCUCCUGUCCUGUGUUUCUCAUCAAGGGCACCUCCGUGUCCCAUUGUCAUAUUGGCUAAGGGCAGGCUAACAUGAAUGCCAGGGAAUGCCUGUUCGGAUCACGUCAAGCUUUUCUGUAUUGUUUUGUAAUCAGGCUCAGAAGAUAAGUGACGAUAAGCCAAAGUUUGUUUUUAAGUAAUAUUUUGUUUUUGUUUUGAUUUUUACUUGUACGUUUGUGUUAAACUGCUUAGCACUUGGGUCUUGUGAUAUUUAAAAAAAAAAAAAAGGGCUGGCUAGCUAAGUGCCUGACUCACGAAUCACCUGACAUAUCACCUCACACUCAGCCUGGUGCAAGCGAGAGGCCUAACAGCAUGCUAGCUAAGGACAUUCCAGUGCACAUGUGCCUUUGGGGCAUCCAAGCAGAUGCCUGUCGGAAAUUCCAAAAAGGUUUUUGUGACUCUUAGUGCUUUAAAAACCAUUGAAUAUCUAUUUUAUUCAAAUCUGGAGGUGAUCUAAUUGCAGACAUAAAAUGACAAGUGUGUGUGGUUAGAUUGCCUUGGAUUAGACUUUCAGAUGGUUAUCCUGAGUAUCUCAAACGGACACUUUUGAAUCGCUCCAGAGGCAGAGGAGAUUGGUCACUGUCACUGAGACUGAAAUAGUUUGACAGUAUCCUUGAGUUUGGUGCAGUCCAGUGUGUGCCAUCUGGAGCGUUUAGAGAACCAUAUCCUGUUAGCCCUCACAGGGAUGUGAGGGAAACAGUUAAAGUGUGUGUGUGUGUGUGUGUGUGUGUGUGUGUGUGUGUGUGUGU